AUGGUCAGCACGAGACGCAGCGCAGCUGCCCGGGCAGACUAUGAUUCAAUUUAUGACUUUGAAUCUCCCGAUAAGACAAAGAAUUUGCAAACAAAAAGACGAGGCUUAGCCAGGAAAGCCGCUUCACAUAUUACGAACAUGAGAGGCUUGGAAAAGAGGAAUAGGGAAGAGACGGAACCAGACCCGCCGGUGGUGAAGAGACCUACGCUUAAAAGGCCGGGGAGACGGCAAACUUCCAAGGCGAUGAUAGAGGAUGAUGUCCCGCAGGAUCCAAAUUUUUUCAAGAACAUCAAUGAUAGUGCGGCGGGGAAGACGAAAGCAAAGAGAGUAACGAUAGUUGUGCCCGAGGACGACGCUGCAGCCGAGGAGCAAUUGCUCCAGGAAAGCCAGCAGAGAGAGGGGCAAGUUUUGGCGGAAGAGAAAGAGCAGAGUGAUCCAUCGUCUUAUCGUGACUCUGCAGAAUCAUCAGAUGACGACGACGAAUCACACGAGGAAGUGGAUGGAGAAAAGGACGUCGGUGUAGUGGGCGAGGGCGAUGACCAGGGCGAAGAGGCCGAAGACAGUGACGGAGAGGAUAGUAGCAGCGACGAUGAUGUACGAGAGGUAACAAGUUCUGCCGUGGCCCCUGACAGCGCUUCACGAACCAGCAAUUUGGAACACAUCGCCGGCAAAGCCGUCAUUUCUACAAACAUUGGGUACAUUGAGCCCGAACCACCAGACAGAAGCGCGUCGACUUAUUACCUCAACUGUGGUGGGCUCAAUGAAAUGAUUAACGCAAUGGGCAAGCAAGGCUGGAUGGGUACAGAGGGCGAGUGGGCAGAUCAACUGCUUCAGAUCGAGAAAGAGUCCAAGACUGAGUCCGAGGCCAUCAAGGCUGACAAUUGCACCAAGCUAUUCCACGAGAUCAUUGCCCUGUGGCAGAUCUGCAAGGAUAUGCCCAAAGCACCGUCGCUAAACUCACAGGCACAGUACCUACAUGAGCACUCUCAAAGUAUUCAGAAAAACCUCAAAGUGGUACGGACUUUGACGAAGCAAGUCAAGAUCGAAGCUUCCAAAAGUAUACCCGCAAAAGGCAGCUCGAGACAGAUACGGAAUGCACGAUACAAAAAAAAAGACGUAUUGACGUGGAUACAAGGGAAGCUGAUGCCAGCGCUUGUGCUCGCACUAAAGGAGGCGCUGUUGCUAGGAGGAUAUUCCAGGCUGAAGUCGAAACCAGAAACUAUCAGCAUUAAAAAUGGGCAAUUCAUGGCAUGCACUUUGCAAUUUGCUCUUCGAAUCGUCGGGUUCAUCGACCAGCUGUACGACGUGGUAUUGACACAUUUGAAGUCGCAAGAGAAGAAUGAGAAUACAGUGAGGAGUAUGCGGGACCGGACGCGGAUGGCAUUUGCAAAUCACGUACGGGUGUUGGAGCCUCGCAUACUGCUGGGGAUGAAUGAGCUGAAGCGCCUUGCCGAAGCCCCCAUACUGAAUGCCGAGCUGGCAGAGCAGUCAAGACAGUUGCGGGAGGCGCAGGAAGAAAGGGACCAGAUCAUCAAGGAGAAGAAUGACGAACAGAUGAGACUGUUUGUGGCUUCUACACAGCGGACGCUGGAGGACACGUCGAAGCCGCGGGACGAAUACUACGACAGGCACGGCUGGCGACUAUGGGAAGAUGAAGUGCUGCUCGGGGUGAUUCGCAAGACGAGGUCUCCGAACCUGGUGUUGCUGUCCAGGCAAGUACCAGGCAGAUCGUUACAAGAGGUUACGAACAGAGUGGCAGAGUUGAGGGAAUCGAUGAGGGCAAAAUAUGAGGCGGCGAGCAUAUUACCGCCGAAAUGGUGCCACUGGUAG